AUGGCCAACACCCAAACAUUGAGGGAACUGGCUGCUCCGGAGCUGACUCACCAGCCCUUAUGCAUCACAUUCCCCGCUUUGGCUGAGAAUACUGCUUUUGAACUGAAGUCGGGAUUGAUUCAACUCUUACCCUCUUUCCAUGGUCUCUCUGGCGAAGAACCCCACAAGCACGUAAAGGAGUUCGAGGUGGUCUGCUCUAGUAUGAAACCUCUUGGGAUCACUGAAGAGCAAAUUAGACUGAGAACCUUCCCGUUCUCUCUCAAAGAUGCAGCUAAAGAUUGGCUGUACUACCUACCAGCAGGUAGUAUUACCACGUGGGCGCAGCUGAAAAAGAAAUUCUUGGAAAAAUUCUUCCCUGCAUCCCGGGCUGCGAGUUUGAGGAAGGAGAUCUGCGGCAUUAAACAAUACCCCGGUGAGUCCUUGUACGAAUACUGGGAAAGGUUUAACAAGUUGUGCACUAGAUGCCCGCAGCAUCAAAUUAGUGAGCAACUGUUAAUCCAAUACUUCUACGAAGGGCUCCAAUCAACCGAUAGGAGUAUCAUCGACGCUGCAAGUGUGGGAGCACUGGCAAACAAGACACCAAGGGAAGCGUGGGAGCUCAUCGAAGCCAUGGCAGAGAACUCCCAGCAAUUUGGCUCCCGUGAGAGCAACCCUCCCCGUAGAGUCAACGAGGUAGAGACUUCAUCCUUACAGCAGCAACUGUCAGAAUUGACGUCAGUUGUUAGGCAAUUAGCCAUGAGAGACGCACCCCGAGCGAAGGUGUGUGGAAUAUGCACUAGCAUGGACCAUUGCACAGACUCGUGCCCCAUUUUGCAAGAGGACGGGGCGGAACAGGUAAACAUGGCCGGAGGCGUGCCCGCGCCCCGCAGGCAGUACGACCCAUACUCCAAUACGUACAAUCCGGGCUGGAGGGACCAUCCCAAUCUCAGUUAUGGGAAUAGGCAACAAAAUGCACUUACAAAUCGUCCACCAGGAUUCCACCAGCCAUGGCAACCAAAAUCGCAACCCUCGUCCUCCAACCCAGGAAGUUCUCUAGAGGAUCUAGUCAAAAACCUGGCCACGACUACUACCAACCUGGCUACUACUACCGCUCAACUCCAGCAAGAAACUAGAACCUUAGCCAUGAGCACCACUCAGUUCCAACAGGAUACAAAAGCAGGCAUGAAGGAUAUGGAGGCUCGAAUAAGCCAAAUGGCAACUGCCAUCAAUCGCUUGGAGUCCCACUCUUAUGGAAAGUUGCCGUCGCAACCCGAGGUAAAUCCCAGGAAUGUAAGUGCCAUGACGCUGAGGAGCGGCAAGGAAUUGGAAGGGCUGGAGAAGAAAAAAAAAGUAGAGAAGGAAAAAGAGCUUUUGGAGGUGUUCAAAAAAGUGGAGAUCAACAUCCCCUUGUUGGAGGCAAUUAAACAGGUACCGAAGUACGCGAAAUUUCUCAAGGAUCUAUGUACCCAUAAGAGGAAACUGAGAGGGGACGAAAGAGUAGCGGUGGGAGAAAAUGUGUCAGCAAUGCUCCAAAGGAAGCUUCCACCCAAGUGUGGAGAUCCAGGUAUGUUCACGAUCCCCUGUAAGAUAGGGAAUACACCGAUUAGGAAAGCAAUGUUAGAUUUAGGGGCGUCAAUCAAUGUGAUGCCCAAGACUAUUUUUGCUUCUCUAAAUCUUGGGCCACUUAAAGAAACAGCCAUCAUAAUCCAACUAGCUGAUCGUACAAAUGCAUAUCCAGAGGGGCUAGUUGAGGAUGUCUUGGUACAGGUAAAUGAAUUGGUUUUUCCUGCAGAUUUUUAUAUCUUGGACAUGGGAGAUGAGAAAUCAUUAAGCCCAUCACCUAUCUUGUUAGGUAGACCAUUUCUUAGCACUGCCAGGACUAAGAUAGAUGUGAAUGAGGGUACUUUGUCAAUGGAAUUUGAUGGUGAAACUGUGAAUUUCAAUAUUUUUGAGGCGAUGAAGUACCCAGAAGAAUCUAACUCGGUCUUUGCUUUGAGUGUUAUUGAGCCUUUCGUGCAGGAAAUUUUCGAAUUAGAUGGCGAAGACGCUUUGGAAGUGGCUCUAGCCAAGCACUUGGAGUUGGGUGUAACUCAUGAUGUGGACCUAAGGGGAGAUUUGCUCCAUGCAGUGGAAGCCUUACACUCACUUCCACCCGUAUCCCCAAGACUGCUUCCUUCAGUUGUGCAGGCACCAGAUUUAGAAUUAAAGCCUCUGCCAAAGCAUCUUAAGUACGCAUUCCUAGGAGACCGGGAGACACUGCCGGUAAUCAUCUCUGCGCACCUGUCUCCAAGUCAAGAGGAUGGUUUUUCAGGUUACUUUCAGAUCGCGAUCGCACCAGAAGACCAGGAGAAGACCACCUUCACAUGCCCAUUUGGCACGUUUGCCUACCGCCGGAUGCCUUUCGGACUCUGCAAUGCUCCAGCGACCUUUCAAAGGUGCAUGGUAAGUAUUUUCUCCGAGUAUGUAGAGAAAAUAAUUGAGAUAUUCAUGGAUGAUUUCAGUGUGUACGGGGACAGUUUUGAUGAAUGCUUGGAAAAUCUGGCUUUAAUUCUGAACUCUGACCAUGCAGCCUUGAGGUACCUGUUGGCGAAAAAGGAUGCCAAACCGCGGCUUGCGUGUGGUGGGCAUUUUGGUCCAAAGCGGACGGCUCGUAAAGUGUUAGAAAGUGGUUUUUAUUGGCCUACUCUGUUUAAGGAUGCAUAUCUGUUUUGCAAAUCUUGUGAUAAGUGUCAAAGGGUGGGGAAUAUCUCUCGAAGAGACCAAAUGAGUCAAACCCCCAUAUUAUUUGUUGAGAUUUUUGAUGUCUGGGGUAUAGAUUUCAUGGGUCCCUUCCCCUCGUCCUUUGGUUUCUUGUACAUUAUACUUGCUGUUGACUAUGUUUCCAAAUGGGUAGAGGCAAAAGCUACCCGGACUAAUGAUUCUAAAGUAGUUGCAGAUUUUGUAAGAUCUAACAUUUUUGUCCGUUUUGGAAUGCCGAGAGCCAUAGUGAGUGACAGGGGCACCCACUUUUGCAAUAAAACGAUCACCGCCUUGUUUCGUAAGUAUGGUGUGCUCCACAAAGUGUCCACUCCCUACCAUCCCCAAACGAAUGGUCAAGCCGAAGUAUCGAAUAGGGAGGUUAAGUCGAUUCUGGAGAAGAUGGUGAGGCCUGAUCGAAAGGAUUGGAGUGUGAAAUUGGAAGAUGCUCUCUAG